UUGAGAUAAGUUUAUCUUGCAUAAAAGUAUUUAAAAUGAAAUCCAACGCGAGUGUUGCGCUGUUUGCAGUGUAUUUGUUCGGUGUAAUUGUGUCUUUGAAUAGUUCGCCGAUGGUACCAAGCGGUGGCGAGACAUCAGGGACAUCAGAGACAUCAGAGACCUUACCCGUCUCUAUAUGCAACUACAUAUUGAAUAUUUUGACUCCAAAUAGACCAGGAGGAAUACCCGGAAAUGAAUAUAAAAUCAUAACAGAUCCUGAUUUUUUGAAAAAUUUAGAUAGUCUAAAAGAUAAUAGUUUUAUAUCAGACUAUUUGAAAUUUCAAUUAGACUCUGAGUUUAUUGCACGGGUUACAGAAGCCAGGAACCAAAUUUUUCUUGGAUUAGAAAAUGGAAAUUCAGAAGAUCGAGAAAAAGAAGCACGUGAUGCUUUACUCGAUAUAACAAAAAAAAAAAUAAAUAAGAAGAAGGGCAAUAAUAAAUUAAAAACUUUAAAUCUUAAGAUUUAAAAAAAGUAGCAUCAACCGAUUUUUUUUGUAGAUCUGCAAUUCGAAA